UCGAUGGCCGCGGUCCGUCACUAAAGCCGAGUUUUGCUUGAUUGUUUAAAGUUUAAACUUUAAACGUUUUAAAGAAAAUGCUAUAGAAACCCCAUCGGGAGUAGACGACACAUUGAACGAUGGCCAACGCAGUGGUGGUGCUGGACAACGGGGCGCACACGGCCAAGGUGGGACUGGCCAACCAGGACGAGCCGCAGGUUGUGCCCAACUGUAUCAUGAAGGCCAAGAGCGAGCGGCGACGCGCCUUCGUGGGCAACCAGAUCGACGAGUGUCGCGACACCUCGUCUCUGUUCUACAUCCUGGCCUUCCAGCGUGGCUACCUGCUCAACUGGGAUACCCAAAAGACCGUGUGGGACUACAUCUUCAGCAAGGAGGGCAUCGGUUGCACCCUCGAUGACCGCAACAUUGUGAUUACGGAGCCGCAAAUGAACUUCCAGAGCGUACAGGAGGCGAUGCUGGAGAUGCUGUUCGAGGAGUAUCGCGUGGGCGGCAUGUACAAGACGACGGCCGCCGAUCUGGCCGCCUUCAACUAUGUGGCGGACAGCGAGGAGCGCACCACAAUGCAAACGCUCAACUGCAUCAUUAUCGAUGUUGGCUAUAGCUUCACGCACAUUGUACCCUUCGUCCUGGGGCGCCGUGUGCUCGAGGGCAUACGGCGCAUCGAUAUGGGCGGCAAGGCGCUGACCAAUCACCUCAAGGAGCUCAUCUCCUACCGCCAGCUGAACGUGAUGGACGAGAGCCAUGUGGUUAAUCAGAUCAAGGAGGAUGUCUGCUUCGUGGCCGAGGACUUUAAGGAGGCCAUGCGUGUGCACCAAAGCGAGGAGAAGCGUCGCGAGGUGGCACUGGACUACGUACUGCCCGACUUCACCACGGUGAAGCGCGGCUAUGUCCGGGUGCCGGGUCAGCCGCGCGAGGAUGAGGACCAACAGCAGUCGGUGCCGCUGUGCAACGAACGAUUUACCGUGCCCGAGCUGCUCUUCAAUCCCUCGGACAUUGGUGUCCAGCAGGUGGGCAUACCCGAGGCGGUGGCCGAUUGCCUCAAGGCCUGCCCCUGGGAGGCGCAUCGCGAACUCCUGCUCAACAUACUCAUUGUGGGCGGCAGCGCCCAGUUUCCUGGCUUCCUGCCGCGCCUUAAGCGCGAUCUGCGCGCUCUAGUGCCCUGCGACCUGGAGGUCUCCCUCAUUUGCCCCGAGGAUCCGGUGCGCUAUGCCUGGUACGGCGGCAAGGAGGUGGCCACCAGUCCCAACUUUGAUGAGUUUGUGUACACGCGCGAGGACUACGAGGAGUACGGUGCGCAUGGCCUAAGCCAGCGGUAGUCCUAAGGAUAACUUUUAAGCUUGUAAUUGUAACAUUAAACCAGGAGCGAGAUCAUUUGUAGAACA